CUCAGUGAUGUGCCGAAGCCAGCUCUUACCUGCUCACGAGAGCCAAUUAUUGGCAUCUCUUCCCAACUCCAUGUUAAAUGACUUCAGGUUGGUAGCUUGAAAUUGUCCAUGGUGGGAGUAUUUACAGAAAUGGGUAAACACUGUGAAUCAGUCCAUACCCCUGCCCCCCAAAACCAUUAUUUGGACAUAUUACUGACAUGAAUGAUAGAAAUCAGGAAAGUAAAUUCUCUCCUAUUGUGGCUCUGCUGGACAUCUGGUCCUGGUUGGAGAAGGGCCUCAAGGUCCUUGCAGACACUACGUUAUUUAUGGCUGUAAUAUUGCUGAGGGCUCUGGGCUCUACAAGUAUCGAGACCCUCAUACGGAGAAAGGCGGUAGGAGUGGCUAGCUGUGAUGGCUCACUCAGUUCUCAGUUGGUAGGAUAAAAUGCAAGUGGUGGAAGAAAGGGCUUGCUUCCCUUCCCUGACUUCUACAGUAGAAUCUAGCGAGGCUGACUGGUAUGGAGGAGUCAGGGAAGAAAACCUCUGUGGCUAGCCUUUUGGAGAGAGAACUACCGUACUGUUCUGUGGACGGUGUCCUUGGUAUUUUGCUGCAGUCCUCCCCAUCCUCCACGGUCAGGAGGCGCUCUUGCGCGGUUACCAGGCCGACGGCUUCAUCCGGGUGUGGUGGCGCUCUAGUCGCCGUUUCUCCAUAUCCAAGCGAGGCGGCCUCUUUCCAGCUGGAGCGUUGCCGGGCACUCUGGCUCUGGAGAAAGCUCCGCCUCCGUGCACGCAGCCUCCGGAGCCCGACAUGGCGCGGCUUCCAAAGCUCGCAGUCUUUGACCUGGAUUACACGCUCUGGCCUUUCUGGGUAGACACGCAUGUAGACCCCCCUUUCCACAGGAGCCGUGAUGGAACUGUACGAGAUAGCCGGAGUCGGACCGUCCGGCUUUACCCAGAUGUGCCCGAGGUCCUGGAACGACUGCAGGGCCUGGGGGUGCCCGUCGCGGCCGCUUCUCGAACAGGUGAGAUUGAAGGGGCCAACCAACUGCUGGAACUCUUUGACCUAAUCAGAUACUUUGUUCGUCGGGAAAUCUAUCCAGGCAGCAAGGUCACACACUUUAAGAGGUUGCAGCAGAAGACUGGAGUUCCUUUCUCCCAGAUGAUCUUCUUUGAUGAUGAGAAGCGGAAUAUUGUAGACGUCAGCAAGCUGGGUGUUACCUGUGUUCAUGUCCAGAAUGGAAUGAAUCUUCAAACCCUAACUCAAGGGUUAGAGACAUUCGCAAAGGCCCAAGUUGGGCCUUGAGGUCCAACCCUGUGGAUGAGUCUCGUUUGAGGCAUAAAAAGGGGAAGGCAUUUUGAGGUGCAUUUGUAAAUUAUUAAAGUGUAUUUGUGUGUGACAGAAGAGAUCCUACCCACGGUGUGG